AUGAGAAAGGAGGAAUGGAGGUUUGGUACUCUGAACGCACGAGGACUUUCCUCUGUCGCGAAGCGGAGAGCGCUUGUUCGCGACGUCGAAAAAUUCAAUCUUGACAUUAUCGCGCUGCAGGAAACGAAGUUGCAGGAGAACCUGAACGAGAGGAUAGACGAACACCAGCUAUUCAAACCAGACACGCCUGCUCGCGGCUUGGGGUUUCUUGUCGGGCCGACCCUGACAAGCUCCCUGCACAGCGCAUGGUCUGCCCGAGAUACGGAGCACAUCGCUGUAGCACAAUUUCAUGUGCCAUACAGAACCGGAAAUCGCUGGCUGCUGCUCAGCGUCGUCAAUGCUCAUGGUCCUACAUCAGCUAUAACUGGAAAAGCGCCCGAGGAGUUAGAGAAGUUCUACGACUCGCUUACAAACGUCAUCCACGACCUGCGGAACAGCGCGCUGGUGUUCGUACUUGGCGACUUCAACUCCAAAGUCGGACCACGCAGAGAUGGGGAGGCAUGUAUUGGUAGACAUACGAAAGGACAGCGUAACAGAAACGGCGACGCACUGGUGCACUUUGCAGACAUGAACGGAUUUCUCCUUGCCAAUACGUGCUUUCAGCACCCCAGUCGUCACCUUACGACAUGGGAGGGUAGGUGCCCAGGUGGAACCCCAAUUUAUAAUGAAAUAGACUUCGUUCUAUGUAAGCACAACACCAAGUCAUUGCUACAGGAUGCCAGAAGUUACGCUGGCAUUGAGACAUCGUCGGACCAUCGCCUUGUCAUAUGCCGAUUCUCACGGAAAUUGCUGCCUAGUGUAUGGAAGCCGAAGGGCCGUCGUGCAUCGGUCAAGCCAUUAAACUUGGGAAAGUUCUCCUGUGGAGAUGCAAGAUGCAAGUUCACAGAGGAAAUGGAGAAAGAAACAACCAAAUUUUGCUGUAAACCGGAUCCGAACUCAAACAUGCAUUCUCUGAAUAAAGCUCUUCGGGGCGUCGCUGCGACUGUCCUUGGGUACAGACCUAAGUCCAGCCUGCCAUACGCAACUGUUGAGGUGGAGGCCUUAUCCAUACGACAGAAAAAGCUACGAAUGGACAUCAAUAGCACGCGGGAUAUUGCUAAGCGUAAGAAGCUACAGCAAGAGCGGAACAAAAUUCAAAACCAAAUAAAGAGGAAGUUACGUCAACUGGCAUCAGACUAUCUGGACGGGCAAGUGAAGAGAAUUGAAGACCUCAAGGACAAUGCACAGAUGUUUGCAGCAGUCAAGCAAUUGCAACCGAAGCGUGAUGGCGCUGUUACUGUCGCGGAUAUGAAUGGCAAGCGAAUUCUAACUAAUGAAGGGAAAGCCAAAGUAGUAGCUAAGCACUUUCAACAGCAGCUUGGACCAGCCACCUGCAGGGUCAUUGAGCCUUUUGAAGGCAUUCCAAGGCCCCUAGACUGCCCUAUCACACAGCAUGAGGCCGCGCAUUCUUUUAGGCGCCUCAAGAAUGGACGUGCAUGUGGCCCUGACGAGCUACCAGCAGAGCUCCUGAAGUAUAGCAGACCCGCGACAGCCAAGCUAAUAUCAUCAAUUCUCAACAACGUUUUUGAAACACACCAAGGCAUCGAAGUCGGCAAAGGCACCCUCAUCCCGUUGCAGAAGCCGGGAAAGCCCUAG